ACUCCCCAACCCAUCCCACUCCCAACCCCUUCCACACUUCACUUCUCAACCCUUCACUCCCAUCAUUCUUAUCCGUUCACUUACAUCAUUCUUAUGAUUGGAGGGGCUGAUGUACGUCUCUACCUCUUCAUUUUCACCAAUCUCCUCGUCGCCGUGGUAACCACCAACCUGGAGGAAAAGAUGGCCGACUAUGACGACAAGAACUCUUAAGAGUGUUCGCUGGCUAGCGAUUAUACCGGAAGAUACGGGAGUCCUGAUGGACCAGGGCAGAGGUGGUGACCAAGACCAUCAUGACCCGGCACCAGAAGACCUGGAAGAACCUGACCAUGGACACCUUGGAGAAGCUGGCCCUUGCCAGCACAAGAGGAUAGUGGAGGGGGUGCACAGCCUGUCGUUCAACGUACAGCAAGAGGUGAUGAUGAGGAACCAUAUGACAGCAACCCUCCAGGACAAACGAUUGAAUAAUGAUAUUGCCACCGGCCAUACUGGAGACAUCCUGUCCUCCACCCUCAUCACCCUGGAGAAGAGACUCAUGACAGGAACCCAGCUUUCAAUCGAGGACAGCCUGUGGACACAAGAUCGUGUCCGAGGGGAAAUGCAACUUUUCCCAUUGAAUGGAGUAUACAUCGAGGCGAUGGCUCCAUCUGCUGGACGUGCCAGGUCUCGACGGGCUCUCAAGCCAGGACUAAUUGGGGCUGAUUGGGAGCUGGUGAGUAAUCAAGGCCGGAUUGCUCACCAGCUGUGCAAGGGCCAUAAAGCUGUCAGAAGGGCCGCACACAGGAGGACUAGGGGAAGUGAGGUGACUUCCAUGUGGUUGGAUACGGUUACCCGAGCUAAGAUGAGGGAGUUGAGUUUGUGUGCACUACAGGAAGACCCGGAGCCCAGGAGAAGGUAUCGCGGAGAGGGUCUCAUGGGGGAGACCUGUUAUUUUUCUUUUUGAUUUAUUAUUUAAUAAACACCCUUGAAACUGA